AUGAGUGAUAGUUUUAUGAUAGGUAGUCGAGGGAACCAAUCAAACCUUGGGAAGUCAUCAGAGCCAUUAGCUGUGGAUGGUUUUGAGCGUGCUGUCAAUAAGAUGGAUAGAGAGUCAUCAUCUGGUAUGGCUGAUGAAACUUUUAUAGUACCAUUUAGGUCAAUGUCAAUAGAUCAAGAUGGAGUAGGGGAGAGAACUGUUAUUGAGUUAGAUCCUGAGAUUCCAUCAAAACAUCAGAAAUCAGAAAGCAUUUCUGGCCGAAUCAGGAACCAAGUCAAUUGUGAGCCUGAUGAUUUGAACUUGAUGCCUGCACGUGGGACAGAAAAGAGGUCCAGUGGAUAUGACCCUGCUCUGGACUAUGAAAUGCAGGUAUGCAAGGAAGGUUCUACUUCAGAGGAGAAAAGGAAAAAAGGAGUGGUUAAUGUGAAGGGAGGAAUAAAAAAAUCAGACAAGGAUAGGAGGUCGAAGGUUACUUCAGACUCUCUGAAUAAGCAGAGAACUGGAGGACCUAUAAGGAAGGAAAAAGGAUCAAAAAUAAAUCCUUUAGAAGAUGCACGAGCACGUGCCAAACAGUUGAGAUCCUUCAAAGCCGAUCUCCAGAAAAUGAAGAAAGAGAAGGAAGAGGCAGAACUAAAGCGCCUUGAAGCUCUAAAGCUGGAGAGACAAAAGAGAAUUGCAUCUAGAGGAAGUUCCACCUCUGCCAAAUCAUCGUUGCCCUCACCUCAAACAAAGAAAUUGCCAUCGAAACUUACUCCCAUCACUAACAGAGGAUCCAAAUUUAGUGAUUCGGAACCUGGGUCAUCAUCACCCUUGCAGAGAUCCAAAGUCAGAACUUCAAUUGGAUCCAGUGAGUCACAAAAAGCCUCUAAAGCCAGUAAAGUAAGUGAGCGUAGCCAGUUGGCAGGGAAUAGGUUGAGUAGGUCAGUGUUAUCGUUGUCCGAGCCAAAAAGAGAAAGCAAUGUUGUUACACUGGAUUCAAAGGCCUCCACGGCUCGGAUUAGAAGAUUAUCAGAGCCCAAAACAAUCAGCAAUCACCCUGUUACUUCGAUGAAAGUCCGAAGUGCUGAAGCACUAUCCAAGAGAAAGCUGUCCAUGGGGUCUGAGAGGAACAAAAUAUCUGCAAUUAUAAACCUCGAUAAAGGUAAGGCUGAAACUCCACCUGAACUAAAGAUCAAAACAGAGAAAGCACCUGUGAACAUAGGCCAGAACAAAUCAGUGGUCAAGGACAUGCUGCAGUUGAAUGGAGUAAAGCCUUCUGCAUUCUCUAAAAAUGCUGAACUAAAUGUGAAAGAUUGCAAUAUAGCACAUCAAAGUGAUAUAGAUGACAACCCAAUAAUUGAGAAAACUAUUGUGAUGCUAGAGUAUGAGAAGCCUUCUAUUCCUGCUUUACAUUCAUCAGAGGGAAAGAUGAGCUUACGUGAUCAGAGGUUGGAUGAUCAUGACAAAGGAGAGAACAGUGACGUCAGGUCUGAGCUAACUGCUAUAUGUGCACCAACUUUGCCCAUGGAUGGAGUUGAUACAAAUUUCUUACCUAAGCAAACCCAAAAGCAAUCAGAUUCUAAUUCAGUGAGGAUAAAUAAUAAGGAGAAGGACCCUCCAAAGUUUGCUAGUACUAUCACCGCCAAAAAAACAUAUCAGGCUCCAUAUGCUCGGGUCUCCUCUUUGGAAGACCCCUGCACUCGAAAGACUGAUUACGGCAAAGCACCCUUAGCGAGCUCAGAUAUGGCAUUAGGAGUCAAAGAAACUGCUAAAGCCCAUGUUCCUGAUGUGAAAACCCUGAGAUUGGACAAAAAUCUAGACUCGACUCCAGUAAAGGAAUCGUCUAAAGGUUUUAAACGACUUUUGAAGUUCGGAAAGAAGAAUCAUUCUUCAGCUUCAGUUGAUUUCAGUGUGGAAUCAGGUGGUGCAAGUAUUGAUGGUUUUGAUAAGGGUGAUCGUGCAAAAAAUACUACUGCAUCAAGUGCAGUUGAUACAUUGAAGAAUCUGAUCUCACAAGAUGAAACCCCAUCUGUUAGCAACGCUUCUCAAAAGCAUUCUCGGCAUUUCUCUUUAUUGCCAUUUUGGAGCAAGUCAAGUGAAAAGAAACAAGCUUCGUAG